AACAGAAAACCGGAAAUGUCUUCCACUUCCGGUCCGGGAAAUGCUCAAACUCUCGCGAGAACUCGGCCACUUCCUCUUCGCGCGGAACCCUCUUCCAAGAUGUCUCUGGUCAUCCCUGAGAAGUUCCAGCACAUUCUUCGUGUUCUCAACACGAACAUCGAUGGCAGGAGGAAGAUCGCCUUCGCCAUCACCGCCAUCAAGGGCGUGGGCCGGCGCUACGCCCACGUGGUCCUGAGGAAGGCCGACAUCGACCUGAACAAGCGGGCGGGGGAGCUGACGGAGGAGGAGGUGGAACGCGUGGUGACCAUCAUGCAGAACCCCCGUCAGUACAAGAUCCCAGACUGGUUCCUCAACAGGCAGAAGGACGUGAAGGACGGCAAAUACAGCCAGGUUCUGGCCAACGGUCUGGACAACAAGCUGAGAGAAGACCUGGAGAGACUGAAGAAGAUCAGAGCUCACCGGGGACUGCGGCACUUCUGGGGGCUCCGGGUCCGCGGCCAGCACACCAAGACCACCGGACGCCGUGGUCGCACCGUCGGCGUCUCCAAGAAGAAGUAGAGCCUCCACCCUUUUUGUGUCAAUAAAGAACUUGAGUUCAGAACCCG